AUGGUAAGGAAAAAUGGAUGGCUUACUGAUGUCGAGAUUGAAAUGGUUAAGAGAUAUGUACUCAAUGAAGAUGCUGAAGAAAGCACAAAUGAAGGUGAAGGAGUCAUGGAGAUUGGGCAGCGAGUGAAUGAAAACGCUGAGGUAGAAAACGAUGAGAAUAGAAAGAAUUUUAAAGCUGAGAUUACGACUAGCGAGAUUACAGUAGCAAACAAUGAUAUAAGAUCGGAAGAAGAUCGUGAAAUUAUACAGAAUAUUAUAGAUAUCAUGAGGAGCGAGGAAAAAGAGUUCAUCUCUGGAUCCAAAAAAGUAGAGAGGUGGAAGCUAGUAAAUUUAUGUAAUAAGGUGAACGAGAUUGUGAGUGAUAUUCGAACCGAAACAAUCACUGAAACCAACAAUUUGUUAAAUUCCAUUUCGAUCUACUGUGCUAGGAAAGUAGGGUUUAAGAAACCCUCAAGUAGUAAAACGAAGAAUAAAGAUCCAUGGUGGAAAGGAAGAUUGAAUGCAUGUAUUGAUGAAAUCCGUAACCAUAUAAAUAAACUUGAAAGAAAGCAAAGAGGAGAGAAAGUGUCGAAGAGAAAUUGCGUAGGGGUUGAAAGGAAAUACAAGGUCAGGACCAAAGGAUUGCGUUGUGUCUUAGAAGAGCUAAAACAAAGAUUAAAAGCAAAAGCAUUUAAACUUAAGAGAUAUGAGCAGAGAAUAGACCAGUUCAGAAUUAAUAAACUUUUUCAACAAGAUCAGAAAAAGGUGUAUCAGGAGCUGAAUGGUAAAGCGAAAACCGGAAAUGCGGUGCCAAACUCGGAAGAAAGUAGAGAGUUCUGGUCAAAUAUUUGUUCAAAACAGGAAACUCACAGAGACAACGCAGAAUGGCUAACAGAGCUGAGAAAUAACAAGGUAGAAUGUCAGCAAGAAAAAUUUGAAAUUACAGUAGAGAUGGUUACACAACAAUGCAAAAAGCUCCCUAAUUGGAAAGCACCAGGACCUGAUGGGGUCCAAGGAUUCUGGCUCAAAAAGAUGCAUAGUCUACAUAACCGGAUAGCAACUCAGAUGAACGAUAUCAUUAACAACAACAUAAGUAUACCUGAAUGGAUGACGAAAGGUAGAACUGUACUAUGCCAGAAAGACACAGCAAAGGGUAACGAAGUAGGAAACUUUCGCCCAAUCUCAUGUCUACCACUGAUGUGGAAACUCAUGGCUGGGAUUGUGUCGGAGAAGAUAUACAGUUACCUUGAAGUAAACAAUAUUCUCCCUAACGAAAAAAGGGAUGUAGAAAGAAAAGCAAAGGAACAAAAGAUCAGCUUUUGA